CUCCCCUCUGGAGGCGGCUUGUUGUUGUGGAGGCCAAAAUGGCGGCUCAAGCGGCGGCGGCGGCCCAGGCCGCUGCGGCGCAGGCAGCGCAGGCCGAGGCGGCCGAGUCGUGGUACCUGGCCCUCCUGGGCUUCGCCGAGCACUUCCGCACUUCCAGCCCGCCCAAGAUCCGCCUGUGUGUCCACUGCCUGCAGGCUGUGUUCCCCUUCAAGCCGCCGCAGCGCAUCGAGGCCCGCACGCACCUGCAGCUCGGCUCGGUGCUCUACCACCACACCAAGAACAGCGAGCAGGCGCGCAGCCACCUGGAGAAGGCGUGGUUGAUAUCGCAGCAAAUCCCACAGUUUGAAGAUGUUAAGUUUGAAGCGGCGAGUCUGUUGUCCGAAUUAUAUUGUCAAGAGAAUUCCGUGGACGCAGCAAAGCCACUGCUGCGGAAGGCAAUCCAGAUCUCACAGCAGACCCCGUACUGGCACUGCCGCCUGCUCUUCCAGCUCGCUCAGCUGCACACGCUUGAGAAGGACCUGGUGUCAGCCUGCGACCUCCUGGGCGUGGGUGCCGAGUACGCCCGGGUGGUGGGGUCCGAGUACACACGGGCGCUGUUCCUGCUCAGCAAGGGCAUGCUGCUGCUGAUGGAGCGCAAGCUGCAGGAGGUGCACCCGCUGCUGACGCUGUGCGGGCAGAUCGUGGAGAACUGGCAGGGAAACCCCAUCCAGAAGGAGUCCCUGCGUGUCUUCUUCCUGGUGCUGCAGGUCACCCACUACCUGGAUGCCGGCCAGGUGAAGAGCGUGAAGCCCUGCCUGAAGCAGCUGCAGCAGUGCAUCCAGACCAUCUCCACGCUGCACGACGACGAGAUCCUACCCAGCAACCCCGCCGACCUCUUCCACUGGCUGCCCAAGGAGCACAUGUGCGUGCUCGUCUACCUGGUGACCGUGAUGCACUCCAUGCAGGCCGGCUACCUGGAGAAGGCACAGAAGUACACGGACAAGGCGCUCAUGCAGCUGGAGAAGCUGAAGAUGCUGGACUGCAGCCCCAUCCUGUCAUCCUUCCAAGUGAUCCUGCUGGAGCACAUCAUCAUGUGCCGGCUCGUCACGGGCCACAAGGCCACUGCGCUGCAGGAGAUCUCCCAGGUCUGCCAGCUGUGCCAGCAGUCGCCCCGGCUCUUCUCCAACCACGCCGCACAGCUGCACACACUGCUGGGCCUGUACUGCGUCUCCGUCAACUGCAUGGACAACGCGGAAGCCCAGUUCACCACAGCCCUGCGGCUCACCAACCAUCAGGAGCUGUGGGCCUUCAUCGUGACCAACCUGGCGAGUGUGUAUAUCCGGGAAGGAAAUAGGCACCAAGAGGUACUGUACAGCCUGCUGGAGCGGAUAAACCCGGACCACAGCUUCCCCGUCAGCUCACACUGCCUGCGCGCAGCCGCCUUCUACGUGCGCGGCCUCUUUUCCUUCUUCCAGGGCCGCUACAACGAGGCCAAGCGGUUCCUGCGGGAGACACUGAAGAUGUCCAAUGCGGAGGACCUGAACCGGCUCACCGCCUGUUCCCUCGUGCUCCUGGGCCACAUCUUCUACGUGCUGGGCAACCACAGGGAGAGUAACAACAUGGUGGUGCCUGCCAUGCAGCUGGCCAGCAAGAUCCCUGACAUGUCGGUGCAGCUCUGGUCAUCGGCUCUGCUGAGAGACCUGAACAAGGCCUGUGGCAACGCCAUCGACGCCCACGAGGCUGCCCAGAUGCACCAGAAUUUCUCGCAGCAGCUUCUCCAGGACCACAUUGAGGCCUGCAGCCUCCCGGAGCACAACCUCAUCACGUGGACGGACGGCCCACCCCCCGUGCAGUUCCAGGCACAGAACGGGCCCAACACCAGCCUGGCCAGCCUGCUGUGAGCCGUGUCCCGACUCCGCCAGACACCGGGUGUGCUUCUGCUGUCCCGGCACGGGGCGUCCCAUCCUCGGCCCUGCCCAGCGUGUCCGGCUUC